AUGACGACGACGAAUACCCUCGUCAAAGCGAACGACAAGCUCAACCUCCCGAGUUUUACGUAUCCGCCAGAGCUAUCCGUUCCAGCGCGCAAGGAGGGGCAAAAUUAUGCCAGUUAUUUGUUCAGUUGCGGAAAAGCGUAUCUCACGUUCUAUAAAACCGGGAUCUCGCACACGCGGCAGACACUGAAGUACGCAAAGACCCUGCGUGCCAAACUCGCCGACCAAGGCAAGGGGGUGUCAAACGACAUGGCCGGUGCCGGACUUUUGUCGCGGGCAGAAUGGCAAGUCCUCCGCCGCUCGAAAAGAGAUUUACUCAGGCUCCCCGUCAUGGGUUUUUUGAUUCUCGCGCUCGGCGAAUGGCUGCCUCUCGUUGUGAUUUACCUGACCCCCGUGAUACCAGAGGCAUGCCGGGUUCCGACGCAAGUCGAGCGCGUACUAAGAAAAAAGGAGGAGAGGAGGAAGGAUCGCCUGAACAAGAUCGCAAUCCAUGCGCUAAGACUGCAGAGUCAAGACCGCACGCCGAGAACGGAUGAGAACGCUGUUAGACUUGCGGCUGCGGCAGAGGGUUUGCUUGCUCCGGAGAACGCCAGCAACGACUUGAGUCUUUUUCACCUUUUGCUGUUGAGUGCAAGAUUGGAUAGCCACCCCAGGAUUCUAGAUAAACUGAAUCUCACGCCGCCGAAGUGGCUGCUGCAGCGCAACGUGAGUAAGACGCUGGCGUAUCUGACGCAGGAUGACGAGUUGAUUCGGAGGGAUGGCGGGAGUCAGGCGUUGGAUGGGCGGGAGCUGAGGAGGGCGUGUGUAGAGAGGGGGAUUGAUGUGUUGGGGAAGAGUGAGGCGGAGCUGAGGAGGAGUUUGGGGCAGUGGUACCGUAUGUAA